AUGGAUGCGAGCAAAACUAUCACGGUGGGAGCUCGCGAUCGGCGGGAGACUUUCGUCCUUAGCCAGAAGGCCCUCGUAAACUGCGAGCUGCUCCAAGCCCUCCCUAACGGCGCCGUGAUCAACGGCACGACCCCGCGUGCCUUCGAAGUCAUGCUUGCGCACUUGGAUGGUGAUGAGCGCUUUAACGCUAUUAUUCGAAUCGCGAGGCACGAUGCUAUUGCCAUGCUUGUGGAGACAUGGAUACUAGCACAACAGCUCGGCCUCUUCCACGUCCAAGACAGACUCAUCGACCGCUUCCACGAGCAGUACCUGCGGCAUCUCAGGAAGCGCCCCCGCUUCGUGGUGAGCAUCAACGCCCCGGCUUUCGAGUACAUCCGAGACGUCUUCGGCCCUAACACGCACCCGAAGAUCGAGCAUUUCCUCAUCGCGUGGUACGCGGGCCUUCGCCAUGGCCCAUCUAUGGACCUUGACUAUGAAGAUGUCCGGGAGCUUCGACCUGAGAUCCGGGAGAGGAUUGUGAGGCUUGGAGCGCGCGUCCAGUUCAGGGAUGAGGAUCAGAUAUUGAGGUCGUUGGAUAACUUCAAGAUGAGGAUUUCUUCUGGUCGGAAGGCGUUGCCAGAGGCUCCUGCUCUUGAGAUUAUUCUGCCUGAUGCUGAGACCCGACCUGCACCAGCUCAACAGCCUCCUCGGGGCACGGACAAUAGAACUUCGCCUUUACCUGUGGAAGAACCCUUCCGGCAUGAGGUGCAUCAGUCUCUGCAGGCCACCCAAGCUCAAUCGGACACCCUUCAACAUCCCGCUGCUCUACAACAGCAGACAGUAGUAAACGUCUACCCAACCCCGUGCCGCCCCCAAGCGCAGAUGCCCCACGAGCCGCCUCCCAUUCCACCCAAGUCUCACGCAGAGACACAGCAUGAGCCUGAGAAUUUCCAAGAGCAGCAGGCAAAUAGGACGCAAUAUCGCUAUUGCAAUCCAUACGCGGAACCAGACAUGCAGCCGCAAUCACCGGACGUGCGCCAUCCUCCACUGCCAGGAUCGUGGCCGCAUUCUCUGCCGACUCCCACGCCGCAGAACGCUUGGCAGGUUCCCCGAUUCGAGAACGCUGCGCCUCCUCCCCCACCAAAGUGGCCACCAGCUCCCUUUGUGGAAGAUGAACUGGAGUCUAUAACUGGUGCUUCAACUAUUCGCGAGCCGACUCCACGACGACCAGCCCCUUAUGCGGAGGACCUUCCACGACCGUAUGAUCCCACCCCUCAUCAGUACGAUCCGACAGGAUACAGGACUCAGCGAGAACAGAUUGUGCAUAGACAGGGUGCUUCUCAUAUGCACAAUGAUCCCACUCCACGCCUGUAUGAGCCGACUGGAUACGGGACUCGGCAAGGACAGAGCUCGCAAGGGUUGUAUGUGCCCCGCGUACACAAUGCUCCCCAGGGGCAUGAUGCGCGCCGUGUGCAGGGUGCUUUCUAUGCAGAAGAGGAGGUUAAUGGACGAGAUGCGCAGCCCGUGCAACAAGCUCCACAGGGUGGUGCCCAAGGGUCAUGGUUCACGACAUGGCCUCGGCGGCGUUGA